GCUUUUAUUAACCUUUUGAAAAGAAAAGAAUCUUUUUUGCUUUAAAAGCUGCAAUUCACUAACACUGUGUUUAAAAUUGUUUCAUUUGAUAUGAGGCUUUCUCUGAACUGUUGCUGAACACAAAAACUAUGGUAGCGUCCUUUGUAAGAUGAAAUUAUUUUGUUGUUCAUGGUGUACCUUAUCUACUGAUGAGAAGUAUAUUGUUUCUUCAGCAUGUGAUACCUGAAAGGAAGAAUAGGUAACGGUUUAAUACUUAAACUGAAUUAAGAGCUUUGUGUCUUGUUGGAAAAAAAAAUAGUAUUUGUUUUUAUAACACAAUCUGUUUGUGAUUGCCUAGGAAACCAUUGUACAGACUGUGGAACAGAUAGAAGAAUAUAAAAAACGAGUAGAGAAGUUGGAAGAAUAUACCAAAAAAUGCACCGAGUCACUGACAGAAGAAAAAAAGAAGGAGGAAAUGCUAGUUAAAGAAAUGGAGAAUUCAACAACACGAAUAGCUGAAGUGAACGAAGAAUUGAACAAAAUAGUUGGUGAACUACAGAAUGCCAGAAUUGAUUACCAUGAGGGAAAGCGUCAGCAGAUGAGAGCAGAGAUUGUUGAAAGCCUUAAAAGACUGUAUCCAGAUUCUGUGUUUGGAAGAUUGCUUGACCUGUGCCAUCCUAUUCAUAAGAAAUAUCAGCUUGCUGUUACCAAAGUAUUCAGCAAAUAUGUGACUGCUAUUGUUGUUGCCACGGAAAAAACAGCAAGAGAUUGCAUUCAGUUCCUAAAACAAGAGCGAGCUGAACCUGAAACUUUCCUUGCUUUGGAUUACCUUGAGGUCAAGCCCAUCAAUGAGAGGUUAAGAGAGAUAAAAGGAGCUAAAAUGAUUGUGGAUGUUGUGCAGACUCCAUUUGCUCCAUUGAAAAAAGUGAUUCAGUUUGUGAGUGGGAAUGGCUUGGUCUGUGAAACGGUUAAAGAAGCAAGACAAAUAGCAUUUGAUGGACCAGUGAGAUUGAAGACAGUGUCACUUGAUGGAACAUUAUUUCUGAAAUCUGGAGUGAUUUCUGGAGGAUCUAGUGAUUUGAGAGUUAAAGCUAGAUGCUGGGAUGAUAAAGAAAUAAAUAAAAUGAAAGAAAGAAGAGAUACAUUGAUUACCGAGUUGAAGGACUUAAUGAAGAUAAAACGCAAGGAGACUGAUUUGAAACAGUUGCAAGCUCAAUGCCAUGGAACUCAGACAAGACUUAAAUAUUCACAGAGUGAACUAGAUCUUAUUAAAAAGAAACAUCUUCCUAAUCUCUAUAUGGAAAAGUCAAAGCUGGAAAGUGAACUAGUAAAUACUGAGUCUCAGCAUGAUAUGAUAAAGGAAGGAAUAGUACAAAGAAAAUUAAAACUAGAAGAAUUUCAGAAGCAGAUUAAUGAGGCGGAAGAUGCUGUUUUCCAGGAAUUCUGUGAAGAAAUUGGCAUUGAAAAUAUACGUGUGUAUGAACAAGAACAUGUGAGAAGACAAGAAGAGAUUGAUAAGAGAAGGUUGGAGUUUGAAAAUCAGAAGACACGACUAAGUGUUCAGCUGGAAUAUAAUCGUGAGCAUCUACAGAAACUAACAGAAACUGUCAGCAAGUUAAGAGAUACUAUUAAUAAAGAUGAAUCUGAGAUAACUGGACUACAGAAGGAUGAGGAAAAGCGUCUAAAAAAGGUGAAAGAAAUUGAGGAGGAGGAGCAGCAUCUUAAAGAUAGAUUAAGUGUUCAGAAAUCUGAGAUUAUAAAAACCCAAAGUGAAGCAGAGGAGUUGAGAAAAACGUUUUUAACUCUUAAUAGAGAAGCUGCAAAAUUACAAAAGGAAGCUGCAGCUAUAGAAGCUUCUCUGGAAGAUAAAAGAUUAAGAAGACAUAAUAUGCUUCUAGAAUGCAAGGUGCAGGACUUGAAAAUACGUCUCCUGUCUGGAUCGUUAAAUGACAUCAGUGAAGUAGAGGUAGGAACUGAAACAGAAGACACUCAGAUUACAGGUAUCUAUGAAAGGGAAGAGGCAAUUAAAAUAGACUACAAUAGCCUACCUAAAGAACUGAAGGAUCUAGAGUCUGAUAAAGAGAUAGAGGCUCAUCUGAACCAGAUUCAGCAGGAAAUAAAAUCUAAAGAGAGUAUCUUAAUGAAGACAGCUGUUCCAAACCUGAGAGCAGUAGAGAAAUUACAAAUAGCUCGGACCAAGUUCCAGGAAUCAAUGGAAGCUUUUGAGACCAGCAGAAAGGAGGCCAGAGUAUCCAAGCAAGAAUUUGAAGAGGUGAAAAAAAAGAGAUACGAACUUUUUAGCCAGUGCUUUGAGCAUGCGUCCAUAGUUAUUGAUCAGGUCUACAAGAAACUUUGCAGAAACAAUAGUGCUCAGGCAUUCCUUAGUCCUGAGAAUCCUGAGGAGCCUUACCUGGAAGGCAUAGGCUUCAAUUGUGUGGCACCUGGAAAGCGCUUUAUGCCAAUGGACAGUUUGUCAGGAGGAGAAAAAACUGUGGCCGCUCUGGCUCUUAUAUUUGCUGUACACAGUUUUCGGCCUGCACCAUUUUUCAUUUUAGAUGAGAUAGAUGCUGCCCUGGAUAACACAAACAUUGAUAAAGUAUCAAUUUUCAUUAGGGAACAGGCACAUAAACAGUUUCAAAUGAUAGUUAUUUCUCUAAAGGAAGAGUUUUAUUCCAAAGCAGACGCAUUGAUCGGAGUGUGUCCAGAGCAUGAUGACUAUGUGUUCAGUCGAGUUCUGACUUUGGAUCUUACCCAGUAUCCAGAGGAUGAAGAAGAAACAGUGAAUCACAAACGCAGUUCUUUAGAAUAAAACAGGAAUGGAUUCGGGGUCAGGCAGCAGGUAGAACUGUGUUUACAGCUGACUGUUAAAAAUCUAAGUUAGAAUGUGGCCAUUAGUGGUUAAUAGAUACUUAUUUAUCUUAGAAAAAAAAAA